CGCAACCUGAACUUGAACUUGACUCCCUUGCACCUCGAUCAAACCACUCACUCCAGGCUUCCACCAACUCACCCACUGCACGGUUCUUGAAGCUUGUGUCCGGCACAAAACAAUCGGAUAUGCUCUCACUGUUGUACCUAUAACGUCCCAAGACGUGCACAGUGCGAAUCAGACCAACUCUCCGUCUCGCGGAAGGACUCGAAUCCCGAAGAUUCCAUCCCAGCUUCGGCCGCCACUGCACUAUCAAUUCGAACCGCCGCAUACUAGCACAACACCUCCAAUCCGUCGCUGCUAAGACUUGCAUCGUCUAUCUCGCACAUUAUCACAGAACUAUAGCAGGAAAGAUACCGAUACAUACACUUCCGCCAUUCCAGCCAUGCCUUGCCCAAUAAGCAUCACCAAGUUCGUAGGGACCAUCUCUCUUGGUCUCCUGACGGGAACAUCCUACACCCUCACCACCAUCACGCUUCCAUCUCUCGCCUUACUCCCUUCCGCCUCGUUGGCUUCACGCACCCUGGCCACCAUCCAAACGAAAUCGACCCGACACAUCCUCACCCUGGCCUCCAUCUCGUCGCUGUCGCUGCUGACGGCGUUCACACUCGCGUCACCCCGCGGACGACACCCAUAUCUGCUCUACACUGCCUUGGUCGCAUUCAUCGGCGGCCAGGGCGUUGAAUAUUGGUUCAAUGGACUGUCGAGAUUUCCAAGUGUUAGCAGCAGCAAACGAUCCGGUAGGGACAAGACGGUUUCGGCGACACCCAGAGGCGCCAGCCCGGGUGGGUCGGAUAGCAGCGGAUUCAUCGAGGUCGAGUCGCGUGACGAUGGCAACAACACCAGCAACAGCAGCAGCAGCAGCAGCGAGGAUCAAGUCAAUGGCGAAAAGGUCGAGAUGGAGAUGACGAGGGAACGCAAGAUUCAGAAAGUGAGAAGUUGGAUCGCCGGACUGGGGUUUGCGAUGGGUGUUAUUGGGAUCUGGGGAGAUGGCGCUUAAAAAGCUCAUAAUGGGGGUGUUAGGUGUAUUGGGUGGCGCAAGUGUGGUGACAGGCUGCUGAAUAUCGGGAGCAUGGAAUGGGAUAUUGAGCUGCGCUUUGUGUAUCUUGGGGCCGUGCAGGAGAGGGCAUACACCAGCAUACGAACGUCGGGCUUAAAAUUGUUGCUGCGCCCGCUGAAGCGAUCGACACCGGCAUCGAUAUCGUCAACGAACCGCCGUUGGAUCGACAGCAACAUUGGACCUACGAAUGAGCAUAUACAUAUAUCGGCAUAUCGAUGGAUAGGAAUGGCAACGGCAACCGCCAUGUCGACGGCUCCCACUCAAAGCGGCAAGGUACUCGAAUCGACGUUGCAGAAGUCCAUCUACCUCGCCUACAUCCAGGUCAGCAAUCGAUCGAAACGACACAACUGUCAACACUACACUACACACUACGCAUUACGCACUACGCACGACAAAACGUUACUGGAUCACUACAAUAGGCAUGGAACUCCAAGCUGGAUUGUCUCGCAUCCCUUUGUUGACAAUGGUACUCCUCUCCGCCCCUCUCAACUCAGUUUAUAGUCAGUUGGUCGGUUUGCUUGAAGUCGGCUUUUGACUCGGCUCAAUAUAUGUUGAUUAGUAGUGACUAUCUAUACAUUCUCAAGAAACCACCGACAUUGGUAGGGCCUGUUUAUUGCUUUUUCGCUGUGUACUAGUAGGUGAUAGCAUUGAGUUGUAUGGAAGGACUAGACCCUUGUGCCUUUUAU